GCAGCAGCAGCAGCAGCAGAAGGAUGAACCGAAGGGAGGUGAAUUAUAGCUCAAAAACCCGUUAAAACAUUUCAAAGGGGAAAUAAAACGGAAAGCGAACCAAGUUGACCACAUGCACUACAUACAUGAUACAUACCCUCCGCCCUCUAUUCACAGCCCGGCCCUCACACCAGUCAUCUCCUCACCCACCCCGCACCUCCUCACACACACCUCUCAUACCAUGCACGCUUCCGCCUUCCGCACACCCUCGGGCCGGACCAUAUACACACCCCUACCCCAGCCCCACAAAGUCACGGCCGCUGUUCCCUCGGCUCACGAACCCAGUUGGACUACAACUCCCGACGUGACUCGGGCUGCUGGGGCGGGCGACGUAGCGCCUUCUGGGAAUCGUAGUCCAGGAGCUGUGGUCUCGGCUGGAGCGCGCCAGCGCCUCACUGCAGCGCCUCCCCGUCGCCUCCCGGAGGCGUGCGCCCGCCGGCGGGUGAGGUGGGUCGGGUUGGGGUCCCACCCUGGUUGCGGCUGGAGGGGAGCUACUGGAGGCCCUGAAGUCGCGAACGCCUGCGGUGGCCUGAACGAGAUGUAGGGGACCGGCACGCGCGAACGGGGAGCGAGGGGCCGACCCCGAGCCGCGCGUGGACCGACGGACGGAAAGACGCAGUGUGGAACUCACUGGUCAGACCCAGUUCCAAGGCUCCAGCCAUCCUGUGUCUCACUGAAGGUCUGCUGCCCAAUGGCCAUGCCCAAGAGCUGCCUGAGCCCAGUGCCCUGGGAACAGAAUGGCUUUCUCCGGGUGAAGAUGGAGGAGGAGGAGGCCAGCCUCUCCCAGGUCCAGGAAUCUAGCUUUGGCCGCACCGUCCACCCUGAGGCUGCACGCCUGCACUUCUGGCACUUCUGCUUUGAGGAGGCGUCCAGCCCUCGCGAGGCGCUGGCCCGGCUCCAGGAGCUCUGCCGCCAGUGGCUGCAGCCCGAGGUGCACUCCAGGGAGCAGAUGCUGGAGCUGCUGGCGCUGGAGCAGUUCCUGGGCGCGCUGCCCCCCGAGAUUCAGUCUUGGCUGGGUGCUCAGUUCCCCAGGAGUGGCCAGGAGGCCACUGUGCCGGUGGAGGAUCUGACUCGGGCAGUGGACAAGAGAGCUAAGGGGGGGCGGCUGGCUCGCAGUGCACUGUGGGCAAAGCCUGGGCUGGAAUGUACAGACAUCAGCUGUAAGCAGAGUGGUUUGGAGGAGUUGGAGCCCUGGGACAGGGCCGCGGAAAUUCUGGGAGGAGGGACUCCCUCGGGAGCCGCCUUUGGUGAUGACUGUGAAUCCCAGGGCGGCCCACAGAGGCAGGCCAGAUCAGAGGAAACGUGGGCCCAGUCUGUCUCCCACCAGAUGGAUUUCAGGAAAACUUCAGGGCCUCACAAGGACGCUCCCCCAGCCCAGCCCAGCUGUGAAGCUGGUGCCUUGGGGGAUAGCCCCCACGUGCGGCCAGACCUCACCUCCUGAGAGAAGACUCCUUCUGAGGAAAGAUGGGAUCCACCGGAUGGUUGUGGGACAGAGCCUCCAGGCACGUGCUCGGGGAGGAACCCCCCCUCCACGUGUGGAGAGUGGGGGAAGACCCUCCGGAGCCCCUCGGAGGCCCACCAGAAGAGCCAGGCCCGCAAGACGCCCUACACCUGCAGCGAGUGUGGGAAAGCCUUCGGCCGGAGCGCGCACCUGGCGCAGCACCGGGUGAUGCAGGGGGCCAAGCCCCACGCAUGCAUGGAGUGUGGCAAGGCCUUCGGCCGGCUCACCCACCUGAGCCAGCACCGGAGGGUGCACACCGGUGAGAAGGCUUACGCCUGCGGAGAGUGUGGCAAGGCCUUCCGCCGCAGCACCCACCUCAGCCAGCACCGGCGGACGCACACGGGCAAGCGGCCCUACACGUGCGACGCGUGUGACAAGGCCUUCAGCCAGAGCACGCAUCUGACCCAGCAGCGCAUGCACACCGGCGAGAAGCCCUAUGAGUGCGGCGCCUGCGGCCGCGCCUUCAGCAACUGCUCGGCGCUGGUGCGGCACCUACGGGUGCACUCCGGGGAGAAGCCCUACCAGUGCCGGGAGUGCCCCAAGGCCUUCGCGCAGAGCUCCUCCAUCCUGGAGCACCAGCGCGUGCACACAGGCGAGAAGCCCUACCGGUGCGACGACUGCGGGAGCAGCUCAGCCCUCAUGGUUCACCUGCGCCUCCACGUCAGCGUCCUCCAGUGACGAGCGCGCCUCCCGCCGCGGCGCAGCGCUGGCAAGGAACCUGAAUUCCAGAAGAGCCAGGACAGCUGGACUGGGGACUGGUGCGUCCCCGAAACGACAAGGGGCUUACGGGCAGAAUCUGGGGCUGCUGGGGGACAGCAC